CGUGUUGUACCAGAGAAAUCAGCAUUCCGCGCGGUUGGGCUCGGAAGAUACAUUCCUGAUGGACAGCACAAGACACAUCGUCCACUUUACUUAAGUACUCACUUUGCAAUACACCGCGAGUAGUAUCCGACCACCAUAUCUCGCAUCCAUCCCCAUGAUCUCGGAUCUUCUUUUCCGUGUGCGUCGCCAGCUCAGCCCAGCCAUGUAUGGUGAAGUCGUCGAGUGCGAACUUCCCGACCACGAUGAUCCUGUUGCAGCCAAGUGCAUUUCGCUUGCAAGAGCAGCCGACGCUCGAGCUCGAGUUCAAGGCACAAGAGAGAUCGACAACCCGUUCCAAGAGCAACGCGUGGCCGCACUGCUAGCGGCCAACGGUGGCCACCGCAACGUGGUGCAGCCCUACUAUCACUUUAUCCGCGAUCAGACAUUGUACCUCGUCAGCGAGCUGUGUGGAGAUGGAGAUCUUCAUUCCCUCGUAGCUGCGAAAGUCGACGCAUCGACAUUCCUGACCAAGCAAGAGGUGCUAUCGCACAUGCACCAAGUACUGCAAGGUGUCUACUAUCUACACACGGUGCUGGGUAUCGCCCAUCGAGAUUUGUCUUUGGAGAACGUAUUGUUGAGUCGAGGUGUGUGCAAGAUCACGGAUUUCGGGCUCUCUACAGACGCUCGGAUCAUUUGCGAUAGUGGCCAAGUUGGUAAGGAAUACUACAUGGCACCGGAGAUCGUGGCAGGCGAGCGGUAUGACCCCGCUCUGGCCGACGUGUGGUCGCUAGGGAUCAUGUGGUUUAUCAUGCUCACAGGUUCCCCGCUGCUGCCUCUCGCCUCGCCCUCCAUGAAGGGCUUCAAGGCCGUAGCUGAGCAUGGCGUAGGUGCCGUUAUCGUGUCAUGGGGCCAUUCAAAGCGCAUCUCGACCAGCACCAUCUCGCUGCUGGAAAAGAUGCUCCAGAUCGAUCCGCAUAGACGAAUUUCGCUGGGCCAAGUGCUAACCGAUCCCGUGUUUGCCAAGCUGAAGGAGUAAAGCUUACGAUACAAAGUCGACUCGAAAUCGAGCAGUGGUCCUGAAAUGUGAAACUUGAAUCCACUCUACGAGUUAACGUUAAAUCAUAGUGAAUUUAGCACUGUAAAGGGACAAUUACCUCAUCGAAAGAUAAAGGUUAUUUGAGGAUA